AUUUCUUUUGAAGUAAUGACUUACAUUUUGAUUAUUACAGUUUUAAAUAUCUAAUAUGAGGGUAGUAUGUUGCACACAUGUUUUAGGUAUGCUUAUGUAUCUGCACACACAUAUAUGUGCAGAUCUGUAGAAAUUAGUGUGGUAUGUGAAACCUUUGCUGGAUUCACUGGCUUCCACUCCUGCUGUUCUGAGAAGAUUCACACACUUGAAGUGAAGUAUCUUUAUACAUGCGUAAGAAAUUAUAAAUUCUGAUAUGAGAAUCUGUGCCAUGAAGGGACUUCCUCUAAGAAGUGAUGCAGAUAAUUAUGUAAGGCAUGGGUGUCUUGUGAAAAGCAAAGGAUAUGAAUCUUUUCAAUUGUCAGCCCAUAUGAGGGGAGGGAAUGACUUUGUUUGGUGUCUUUCAAGGGUUUCCUUUUUUACUGAAAAAUGGAAACCAGUCUUAUAGUACCACUCCAAGGAGGUUCUGAAAUUUGAAAUUACAAUAUGGGACAAACAAAAACUUAACUGUGCACUGAGAGAAGGUAUUCCUAGACUUUAAGUGAUGUAAUUGUUCCUUUUAUGGUUUCUGACUAAAUGGGGUCUGUUGUAUUCUAGAACGCCUUAAAAGAUAUAUAUGGCUGCCUAGGGCAUUUCUUUAGAGAAGAAAAUGCAACAUUUCUUAGUCAAGAAGUUAAAGAAAGGAACAAAAGCAGGCUUUCCUCUUUUGGAUUCAACCAUUCAUUGUGUUAAUAAUGUUCUCUACACAUUAACACAGCAUCAUGAGUAGAAUAAUAUUAAAUCAGAGAAAAAAGAAUUCUUAAUCACCACCAUACACUAAAUGUUGUUUUCUCUCCCUGUUACAAGGAAUCAUUACUUCAAACCACUCUUCUUUUUGUUUUGCUUUGUCCGGCUUCCCUCAUUGCAAACCAUCCGCUAGCAGAACAUGCUUCUAUCCACAUGUGUGGUUGUGCUCAGUGAUAGUUUUAAAGCAAUACAAAAGAAAGAAAACUUUAGAUGCCAAAGAUUAUGUCCAGAUUCUUUUAUCUUUGCCACCAGUCUGUAGUCCCUCACGUGAAGCAGCAGCAUGGGUGCAGCUCCCACCAUGCAGGCUGGAGCCAUGCGCCAUUGGCCAAGGAUAAGAGGAGGAGAGGGCUCAAAAGCCCCCCAGCUUGUGACUAGGAUUGAUUGUCCAGCUGGUGAGGGGUCUGGAGGUGUCCUGUGAGGAGCAGCUGAGGGACACGGGGAUGUUUAGCCCCAAGAAAAGGAGGCUCAGGGGUGAUCCCUCUCUACAACUCCUUGGCAGGAGGCUGUAGGCAGCUGGUGUUGGUCCCUUCUCCCAGGUAACAAGAUGAGAGGACAUAGUCUCAAGCUGCACCAGGGGAGGUUUAGGUUGGACAUUAGGAGGAAUUUCUUCACAAUAAGCGUAGUUAGACACUGAAAUGGACUGACCAGGGAGGUGGUGGAGUCACAGUCCCUGGAAGUGUUUAAAGUCUGGGUGUGGCAUUUAGUGCCCUGGUCUAGCUGAGGCGAGGGUGUUCGUGUUAGACUCAGUGACCUCACAGAUGUUUCCCAACCAGUUUAUUCUAUUUGAUUCUGUGAAUGCCGGCAAGCCUGCAGCGAGGGCAGAGCUCGGAGAACUGCCUCCUCAUCUUGGCCAAACAAACACUGCUUCCAUGUUUGACUUAUGGCUGAGUCAAUUCAUCUCCCUUCGCAGCAUCCCCAGCAGUUUACACUGGAAACUGGAAGAGGCCAGUGUGUUACCACAGGGCCCUAGCUUAGAAACACAGAUGGUGGAUGAUGAAACUGAGACUACAGGUGAAGAAUUGCCUCCUCAUCUGCGGGAAGAGCCUCCUGAAGAUGCCAGCAAGGACCACCCACAGCAGCAGGCAGGAGUCAUCUGGAGAGUGACAGGCGGCCUGUUCAGCAUCACCCGGGGAGCUGUGGGGGCCACACUGGGAGGAGUUGCCUGGGUGGGCAGCAAGAGUCUGGAGCUCACCAAAACAGCUGUGACCAGUGUCCCCGCUGCCGGCGUUGGACUGGUGAAGGGCAGCGUCUCAGCAGUGACCGGCGGCGUCGGAGCUGUGGGCAGUGCGGUCGCCAGCAAAGUCCCUUUCACUGCAAAGAAGAAGGACAAGGCUGACUAAUCCCUGUCACAGCUCCCUUCCAAAAGAUCAACCUGCCCAUACUCUCCCCCUACCCAGCACCUCUUUGAGUUGGAACCAGCCGCUUCAGGGAGGGUCGAGCACCCGAGCAGACUCCGGCUGCAGCCUGCUCAGCACCGCCUGCCUGGCUCAGAGCUCACAGAGCCACUGUCAAUGCCUUUCACUCCCAUCACCUACUGGGAACCAUCUUUACUCUGAGGACUUUAAAGGCGCAGUUAUCUCUGUCUUGUAGUUUCCUUCCUUCCUUCUUGCCCUUGUAAGCAUGGAGGGAUGGGAGAAGGCAUUAGGCUCCAUCUGCCUGGAGGUGAGGGGAGUAGCAGGGGGUGGGGGCGAACUAUACCUGGCUUGAAGUGUGGGUUGUGUAGCCAAAUUCAACUUCAGCUGGGAAGACAGCCUCUGAAACACCCCUUCCCUCUGGGAGGUGUGUUUGGGAGGUGUGCCUAGCAGAGAACUGCAGAAGUCCCAUUGACACAAAGGAGAGAUACUGUGAAGAGGGGGAAGCCUCCCUCCUGCCCUGCACCUCUUAACUUUUCUUUGCAGGGCCCAUCCCCACAAGCUGCUUCCAGUCACUUACUCCCCAGCUGAACUGAACCUUUCAGAGAGGGAACCUUCAGCAGAGCAGCUCUGGGGUGAUGCCACACCAGAAUAAGAUACAUCCCGGACCAUCAACUUCUGCACAGAUUUUCUUGGUGAGGGGGAGAAAUAUGAAAGCUGCUGUAUGUUCCCAUUUGGGGAAGGAGCUGACAGUGGCACUUGCCUCUGUGAUAUUGCAGUACAGGCAGUGGUGUUCCAUAGAGAGACCAGGCCUUUUGUUUGACCCUUGAAGUCCUUCCAGUAUCCCUGUCUGUAACAAGGGCAUAUUGUCUCUUGGCCACACUCACACUCCACAGAUGUCAGUAGUAACCAGGAGCAAGUGUGUUCCCAAAUGCACCCAAAUUCUGCUGCAGGGAUGGAGGGGAAGCUGAGAGUGUUGCUCUCCGCACGAUUCAGCGCCCUGGGAGUGGUGGCUUGGGUUUGAGUGUGCUGCACCAUGUUGGAGAACACUUCCCAAGGGGCUGAGCAUGCUCCAACAGCAGUUAGCCUGCACAGGGCACCAGCAACUCCUCUUCUGCUGCUCCUGGGGCCCCAGCCCAGCUCCUCUAAAUGACCACGUUGCACUAAAUAGCCCACCCAUAGUCAUAGUGCCGCAGAAACCCAGACACCUGCAUCCAUCUGGGAGUCACAGCCAUCCUCAGCCUGGCCCAUGAUGCUCAAGGGGCCAUGUGGCAUUGUACACUCACAUACAAACACAAACGUGCACUCACUCAUUCAUUCACUCCAAGGUCCCCUGUAAUUCUUGGGAUGAGGAAAACCACAGGCCCCACAUUAACUCUGCUGCUCCUGUUUUUGGCCAGGUGUUGGAUGCAUAAGUAAGUAGGUGUUAGAUGCAUAGGCAAGUGAAGCAGUGCUUGUGCUGUAUUUUAUAAAUAUGCAUCUGUGUUAGCGUGCGUGUGUACAUGUAAGUCCACAGGCAUGUCUUCAGCCAGGGAAACAAACCUGUGCCACUGCCACAGAGGAGUUUACAUAGUCAUCUUUGGCACUUUCAGCAUAUAGUUUUUAUAUAGGGUCCUGGUCAAAAGAAAAAUCAUGUUUUAGAGGAUGUUUUGCCCUCUUUUGCCCAAGAGCAUAGUUUAUCGAAACCAAAGGAAUGUGAAAAAUCCCCUUUCUCCUGUCUGUGCUGUUUGUUUUCUCUCAGCCCUAUCUUUUGGACGUUGAAGCCAACUUUCUUGAUCUUCAUUUCCCCUUGGAGGUCGUUGCACUUCCUGACUGCUCUCUUGUGCUUAGAACUUAGACAUCAGGGAAUAUUUAAGUACAACACACACACACACACACACACACCCCUGACACCAUUUUUGCUGAAUGUUCUUGGGCUUGUGAUGCAGUUUUCAUUCUGACCUUUAUUAAAUCCACAUUUUGGGAUGUAUGUUGCUGUGUCCCCCUGAUAAUCAUGCUGGUGUUAGUCACUCUCCAUACCCUUUGCUAGGUAGUCCCUGCUGUUUGCAAUGGUAAGAAGCUGCUGAUCUCCACAGUUUGCUACACUUGAUAGCAAGAGAGAGGUUUGACUUACAUUUUUGUUUCUGAAGAGGAAGCAGCAUUUGGUAGGUGUGUGCAUUUCCUCACUUUGUGUCCUUUGUUCUGGUGAAGGCCAAGUUGACCCAGACAUGUCGGUUUUGUCUCUGAAGGCAGCAGCUUCACAGAAAAGAUCAGGCCUUGAUGUGUGCCUGUACUUUGCUGGGAUGCCCGUGGCAGUUGUCAAGGCCAGAAGAAGUCUUGUCUGUUCUCCCUUUGUCUCAAACGCCCUGCAAAGCUGGAGGACAGUUCGCACUGCAUGGAUCUCUGCUCACUGCUCUCCCUGAGCACAUCUCAUCUCUUAUUCCAGAUCACAGACUGUCCCUGAAGCGAGCUCUAGCCCUAAAGCUGGAAGCUGCUUGUGUGUAACUAGCUAUGUUGUCACCAGCUCUCUGAGAAAGAUAGCUUCUGGCCAUUUGGGAGAGAAGAGUCUUCUUCCUUAAUGCCUCUCCCAGGUCUUGGACAGGAGAAGAUAAAAUCUAAGAACCUUCAGCAGCCAGCCCUGGGUGGGUGGUGAGAGGCUGAUCAUGCUUUUGGCUAAAUAGUGUCUCACACAGGCUUUUGCUGGGGGAGGCAGUACCUCCUGCCCAAGCUGUUGUCUGCAGGUACUGUGUGUGCAGAGCAGGCGUGGCAAGUGGGAUAAAGGUGAUGUAAGGAAGGCCACAGGGCCCUGAGGGUUUCUCAUCUUUUUAUUUCUUCUCUUCUGUGCAUCCUUGCAGGAAAUAAAGCCUACCAUUUGUCUAGAACUGCCAUUUCCUUGCAGGAAGGCCUGGAGAAGAAGAGAUGAGCUGGAGAGGAGAACUCACAGCCUAAAUCACUGUUCUUACAGCCCAGCUAAAGGAGAGCUCAGGGACCAUGAGUAGCAAGAGAUCACAUUAGCAGGCAGGGGUAGAAGAUUAAAUCUACUCCAAAAACAAGGCCUCACACUGCUAAACAGGCAUUCAGGAAUAAGUAACUCUCCAGGACUCAAAGGCUUUAAGAAAGUCUGUUCUAGGCCUGCUCAGUUCACUAUGGUGACCCAGUCCCAACCUGCUCUUCUGGGCAUUUACAGUGCCAGAGCAGAGGGAAAACAGGGUCAGCCCUCCCAAUCUAAAAGUAAAGAUGCCUUCUGACAGCUUUGGUUGCAGGACAGUGGGGUAUGGAUUGGAUGGGGAAGCUGCUGGCUCUUGUCAGAUGUCCUGUCUUUACUCUUCUCCCACUACAGAGAUUCCAGCCACCUGGGCCACCGGUGCAGCCUUUCUCUCACUGCCCAUUCAUGGUACAAAAGGCAAAAACUGUGUUGUGCAUAAAUCCCAUGGCUACCAGAUGGGGUCGCUUGGUACAAAAUAGGAGCGGGUAGCAUUGGGGUAGAGGGAAGGAUUAAAGGGAGUUGGGAGAAGAUGAGGAGAGAGUGGUGUGACAGGAGGAGUUGAGGAGUGAAGGAACAAGAAAAUAAGGCACUAUGGAAGGAAUUUGUUUCUUAGGACAAGCUUUGAAUCAGAAGAUGAAUGCAAUGGAGUUUGUCCUAGGGAGGAGCACAGAAAGGGGAGUGGGUCAGUGUGGGUUUUAGUGUGUGGUGGUGGUACAUGCCUGGCUUGUGCCCUGCUUCCAUAGUAAUGAUGAUUGCUGGUGAUUUCCAUUUAGACAGAUCAAUGGAUGGUUGAAGCAUCAGGUCAGCUCCCUUCUUAUCACCCACCCUUCCCCAGUCUCCCCCAGACUUUUGUCAUGAUUUCCCCAUGAUGGGGCUGGGUCUCCACUAUGGUGGAGGUGGGAUGUGACCCUGUUCACAGCCCUGUGUCCCACCUUGCCUGGCUGGUCCCUGUGCUCAACGAACAUGUCCUGGCUGAAAGGAGACCCACAGGUGCAUCCUCUCCUUCCUUUUUCCUGACUUUAGUCUCAUUAUCCUUUACUUUUUUAUUCCUUCCUUAGCUUUUGGUCUUGCCCGUGGAUAGAGCUCCCCAAAGCUUUUGCUGAGACCUUCAUUAAACAUCCACACUCACAGUGUCUAGGGGGGAAGAGGGUGAUUGCCCCCACAGCUCCCCUGGCUGGGAGAGGAGUGCAUGUCUUCCACCCCUCUCUGUCCCCUUGUGUUUCGUGUGUGGAAAAUCUUAACCCACUUCUUUUUCUCUGGGUUCUCUUGCUGGCUCUUAUCCCUGUGGGUGGGUCAUUUCUGUGUCUCCAUUGCAAAGUCAUCCUUGUAAAAACAACAGCAUGAGUGGGAAUAUGGAGAUGGUUAGAGAGAGCUGCAGAGCCAGGGCCUAACUCUGCUUCUGUAGGAGCUGAGGAGGCCUUUGGCAACCCAAAAAUGCAGUGACGCGGUCCCAUGCACAGUGCUGGGCUCCAGAGAACACUUUUGUUCUUUAUCAUUUCAUUGUCUGUAAUUGUUUUCCUACUGAAUUUGUUUGCUUGGUUUGUUUUGCAGUGUGUUUCUGGGAAUAUUCUGCAUCUCUGUAUUUUAAUUACAGUAAAAUUUGAGGAUAAAAACCGUGA